AUUUUUGUCUAAAAACAGCAAAAUAGAUGGUUUUGAUCAAAGAGAGAGAGAUGGAGAUUCCGGUUAUUGAUUUUGGUGAAUUGGAUGGAGAAAACAGAACCAAGACUAUGUCACUUCUUGAUCAUGCAUGUGAUAAGUGGGGCUUCUUCAUGGUUGAUAAUCAUGGAAUUGAUAAAGAGUUGAUGGAGAAAGUGAAGAAGAUGAUUAACUCUCACUAUGAGGAACAUCUGAAAGAGAAGUUUUACCAGUCAGAGAUGGUAAAGGGUUUGGGUGAAGGCAAAACCUCAGAUGCAGAUUGGGAAAGCAGCUUCUUCAUUUGGCAUAAGCCAACUUCGAACAUUUGCCAGAUCCCAAACAUUUCAGAUGAGCUCAUCAAGACCAUGGAUGAAUAUGUUUCUCAACUACACAAGUUUGCAGAAAGGCUCUCCAACCUCAUGUGUGAAAAUCUUGGUCUUGGUCAAGACUACAUAAUGAAGGCCUUCUCUGGUCUAGAAGGUCCAGCUUUUGGGACAAAAGUGGCUAAAUAUCCAGAAUGCCCUCGUCCUGAGCUCAUGAGAGGGCUGAGAGAACAUACCGAUGCUGGAGGAAUCAUAUUGCUCUUGCAGGAUGAUCAAGUGCCUGGUCUUGAGUUCUUAAAAGAUGGUAAGUGGGUAUCGAUCCCACCAUCCAAGAACAAUACCAUUUUUGUCAAUACAGGUGAUCAAGUCGAGAUACUGAGUAAUGGGAGGUACAAGAGUGUUGUGCACCGUGUAAUGACUGUGAAGCAUGGAAGUAGACUGUCGAUAGCAACAUUUUAUAAUCCAGCAGGUGAUUCCACAAUAUCUCCAGCUCCGGAGCUCUUGUAUCCAAGUGGUUACCGGUUUCAAGAUUACCUUAAGCUUUAUUCAACCACUAAGUUUGGAGACAAAGGCUCCAGACUUCAUACCAUGAAGAAAAUGGAGUAUGGGGAUUAUUCCGUCUAG